AUGGUCCUGAAACUUCGAUCCUGUUCUCUACCCCUAAAUCAAGUCAUCCGCACAGCAUGGCGUCUUCAUUGGCCAAAUUGGAAGACAGUCAAGGAUCAGAAGAUCAGGAUGCUAGUGAAGCAACAUGGGCGAGAGAAGCGUCUUUUGGAUGCAAUGACAAAAAAUGAUAUUCUUCCAGAGGAAUUAAGGGACAUUGCAAUGCAUCAUAUAAAGAAAGAUUUUGAGAAGAACACCAGCGUCAAAAGAAUCAAUGAUCGGUGCCAGGUCACGGGACGUCCACGUGGGGUUGUUGUGAGGUGGAGAUUGAGUCGAAUAGUCUUCAGACAUGAAGUAGACUACAACAAAAUGAGUGGAGUCAUGCGUGGAAAGUGGUGA